GUAACUAAAGAAUAUCAGUUCUACUGAAGGAAUCGUUCGCAGGUCAUAAAGUGAACAGAUUAAAGGGGAUUCUCAUUUUCUAAGACUUUUGUUUAUCAGUGAUACAACAAAAGGGUACGUGGCAAACUACACAUCAACCAUCGGUUCAUGUCAGUACAAGGAGACGUUAUCAUAAACGAAAAAAAAGUGGCUAAUUGCUAACACUUGUUUUCACUUCUGCAUCAGUAUUAAAGACAAAUUAAGCUAGAAUCCUACAAUAGAGUAAUAGGCAAGUUUAGGUAACUAUGAUUCGAGCAUUACUUGUCGACGUUUCGACCAUGACGAACAGUUUUCUGUGAUUGCAAUAGAAAAGAAUGGGGCCUAUCUCGGUCAACAAAUGAAAUGUUAAUCCCACUUGACCGAAGAUUAACUUAACUUUGUCGAUGGGACGUCAACCGAUGUUUUCACAAUGGUUGUGUUUUAGGACUUUGCUGGAAACAAAGACGAAGAUACUAUCAUUUUUAACGAACUAAACCCGCCAAUCAGAGCUCGUUUCAUCCGUUUCCAACCACAGGCUUGGUAUGGGCACAUAUCGAUGAGGGUGGAGCUGUAUGGCUGUCCAGCUUGUCUGGGCGCUCUUGGCAUGGAAGAUGGCUCAAUCUCCGAUGGUCAAAUAAGUGCUUCUUCGCAACUGGAUUCCAGUCAUGCCGUUAUCCAUGGGAGACUUCAUUUUAAAGCAACUUCAGGCAAAGCGGGAUCUUGGUCUGCUCGCAGCAACGAUGUUAACCAAUGGUUCCAGAUUGAUCUGGGAAGUCGGCACACCGAAGUGACACGUGUAGCAACGCAAGGAAGAAACAAUUACCCCCAGUGGGUAACCAAGUACAAACUGCAGUAUAGUAACGAUGGAGUGAACUUCCAGUACUACAGGGAUCAAGGAAAAACUGCAUAUAAGAAUUUUACUGGAAACAUCGACCAGGACACUGUGGUAUAUCAUGAAUUAAGCCCGCCAAUCAAGGCACGUUACAUCCGCUUUCUACCGCAAGCUUGGGCUGGCCACAUAUCAAUGAGAGUGGAGCUGUAUGGCUGUCAAGAUGAUCAACUGUGUGAUACGUCCGUUGACUGGUGUGGAUGGAAAAACGUCCGUGGGUGGAAAAGAGUCAAAUACCAAGAGCUUGACCAGGACCAUCAAUAUGACAGCGGCGUUAAGGAUAUUGAGAUUGCCAGAGGUAGGUACUUUAAAAUGUUCUACGCACCCGCAGAUCUCAAUUGGCUCUCAAUAAAUGACGACAUAAAAUCUUUAGCUUGUCUGGGCGCUCUUGGCAUGGAAGAUGGCUCAAUCUCCGAUGGUCAAAUAAGUGCUUCUUCGCAACUGGAUUCCAGUCAUGCCGUUAUCCAUGGGAGACUUCAUUUUAAAGCAACUUCAGGCAAAGCGGGAUCUUGGUCUGCUCGCAGCAACGAUGUUAACCAAUGGUUCCAGAUUGAUCUGGGAAGUCGGCACACCGAAGUGACACGUGUAGCAACGCAAGGAAGAAACAAUUACCCCCAGUGGGUAACCAAGUACAAACUGCAGUAUAGUAACGAUGGAGUGAACUUCCAAUACUACAGGGAUCAAGGAAAAACUGCAUAUAAGAAUUUUACUGGAAACAUCGACCAGGACACUGUGGUAUAUCAUGAAUUAAGCCCGCCAAUCAAGGCACGUUACAUCCGCUUUCUACCGCAAGCUUGGUUUGGCCACAUAUCAAUGAGAGUGGAGCUGUAUGGCUGUCAAGAUGAUCAACCGUGUGAUACGUCCGUUGACUGGUGUGGAUGGAAAAACGUCCGUGGGUGGAAAAGAGUCAAAUACCAAGAGCUUGACCAGGACCAUCAAUAUGACAGCGGCGUUAAGGAUAUUGAGAUUGCCAGAGGUAGGUACUUUAAAAUGUUCUACGCACCCGCAGAUCUCAAUUGGCUCUCAAUAAAUGACGACAUAAAAUCUUUAGCUUGUCUGGGCGCUCUUGGCAUGGAAGAUGGCUCAAUCUCCGAUGGUCAAAUAAGUGCUUCUUCGCAACUGGAUUCCAGUCAUGCCGUUAUCCAUGGGAGACUUCAUUUUAAAGCAACUUCAGGCAAAGCGGGAUCUUGGUCUGCUCGCAGCAACGAUGUUAACCAAUGGUUCCAGAUUGAUCUGGGAAGUCGGCACACCGAAGUGACACGUGUAGCAACGCAAGGAAGAAACAAUUACCCCCAGUGGGUAACCAAGUACAAACUGCAGUAUAGUAACGAUGGAGUGAACUUCCAAUACUACAGGGAUCAAGGAAAAACUGCAUAUAAGAAUUUUACUGGAAACAUCGACCAGGACACUGUGGUAUAUCAUGAAUUAAGCCCGCCAAUCAAGGCACGUUACAUCCGCUUUCUACCGCAAGCUUGGUUUGGCCACAUAUCAAUGAGAGUGGAGCUGUAUGGCUGUCAAGAUGAUCAACCGUGUGAUACGUCCGUUGACUGGUGUGGAUGGAAAAACGUCCGUGGGUGGAAAAGAGUCAAAUACCAAGAGCUUGACCAGGACCAUCAAUAUGACAGCGGCGUUAAGGAUAUUGAGAUUGCCAGAGGUAACUACGAGAUUCACCUUCACGACUUCAGUGUUGGCUACGUGUCAUUCUCUGAUUUGUCAGCAAGUGGUCGUGGUUUUACCAUCUGCUUCUGGUUGAAGACAACACACAGUGGCUUUUUCAUCGAAUACGAAGUCGCCGCAUCUAGGGAACAAAAUGCGACCUUGGUGCUGAAGCUUUACUUUCAUAACCACAGUUUUGAUAUUCAGUUUGGCAGCAUAAGAAGCAACAUCCCAUUGAGCGUGACCGAUGACAUGUGGCACCACGUGUGCGUGGUAUGGGAUGGUGAGAGCGGGCUCUUGGAAGUCUUCAAAGAUGGCGAAAGAAAACAUCAUCCAACUAGGUUUCGAGCAGGUUCACUCAAUGUAGUCAUUGAAGGCAUAGGAACUAUGACAAUAGGCUUCAGAGCAACAAACAAAACUGAGUCCGUCGGAGCAUUGAGUGGUUUCAAUGUGUGGUCGUAUGCAGUGAUCGCAGAGGAGAUACUGCGCAUGUCAUACGGAUGUGGGGAUGAGACAGGAGACGCAAAGGCGUGGCAUACAGUUAGACAAGGAAUGAAGAAAAGAGUUGCGGUGAAAGAGUUUCGAACUUGUCACGAUAGAAAAGGUGACCGACUUGAGGUAGAUACCAACGCAACUCGUUUUAAUCAGACUGCUGUGCUUGUGAGCCCACUAUACAACAGAUCACGUGACGGGCACAGCAAAUGCUUAAAGUUUCGCUACAUGUUGAGAGGACCUGGAGAAAAGACACUUACAAUUUACCAGAAAGUAGACAACCAUCGAGAAACGCCAGUUUGGGUUUCUGAACGGGAAACUGAUGUGAACUGGAUUUACGGUCAAGUUCCAUUGAGUUCUAUUUCGAAGUUUCAGGUGUCGAUAAAAGGUGAAGUAGGGAAGAGUAAUGACUCAAUAGCAUUGACAGGAUUGUACAUUGACGAGAAAUACUGCAAGCACGAGCCAAUGGGGGCCAAGCCAGCUUGCAGCAAAAAUUUAUUCAACAUGUCAGGGUAUUUCUCCUCUCCAUCAUUUCCUGGGUAUUAUCUUGACGACAUGUUCUGCACUUGGCGCAUCACUGUCCCCUCGGGUCACAUCAUUCACCUGGAGUUUCAAGAAUUCCGUCUCAAGGAUCACCCUAGUUGCAAAGACUGUUUUGUUAAGAUUUUCGAUGAGCAGGAAUUGGCAGCACCUACACCAGGCAUAUUCUGCGGCUAUGUGUAUCCUCCUCUUGUAGUCUCAUCUUCUAAUCAUAUUACGAUUGUUCUUUCUUGUCAUGGAGAUGUACACAAAGCAAGGAUCAAGGCCUUUUAUCACUCUGUUAGUGGUAUGUGAAGUUUUGUGCGCUUAGCUUGUGUUUAUAUUACCUUUGCACGUCUGAAUAGGCCAAUGAAUAACCGACAAUUAGUUACAUCGAAGACAUCAAAAACUAGCAAAAUAAUUGGGAAGCCCCCAAUUGGAAGCCGUUACAUGUCUCAAGCGGUGUCUCAAAAAGAGGUCGCUCCAUAAAGGAAACCAAGAGCUUUGAAGCAACUUAAGAGUUCUAUACUGCACUGUAAAUAUUUGGCAGGUAAUGUUCUUAGAAGAAAGUUGGUUCAAAGACAUUGUUGAAAAUAUGCUUCAUAAGGCAGUGGGUAAAGCGUUAACCCUCGAACGUACAAGCUAAUUCAUACCCCCAUCGUGGUACAAGGAGGGCAUAGGGGAUUGGAUGGAAUCCCCUCCCCCCUUCUUGGGUUUUCGCUCUGUUAAGGCGCAGCGAAAUCUACCUUGAAUUGAUUAUGUAGCCUUCGGCUUGCUCUACAAAAUUACCAUAUUUGUUGGUUGUGACUUAAUACGACGUCA